GGAGCUAGACCUCAAGAAGAAGCCAACAAAGUCAUACACAGCGCUGCCCACCUGCGCUUGCGCAGGGGAGGAACACUCAGUCCGGAAAAACGCCCGGGAUUCUGGGUUGCGCAGCCGUGGAGCUACCUCAAGGCGGAACUGGGGAGUACAGGGCUUCGGCAGCCUGAACACCCGGUGUGAAAGGAAGGUGGCAGACGUGGAGCGGCGCGCAUGCGCAGCAGCUCACUCUGCUGAAGGGCUGAGAGGCGCACCGGGGCGGCCAGCUGGGCUCGGAGCGGAGCGGGGUCAGGAUGGACGAGGACGUGCUAACCACACUGAAGAUCCUCAUCAUCGGCGAGAGUGGGGUGGGCAAGUCCAGCCUGCUCUUGAGGUUCACAGAUGAUACGUUUGAUCCAGAACUUGCAGCAACAAUAGGUGUUGACUUUAAGGUGAAAACAAUUUCAGUGGAUGGAAAUAAGGCUAAACUUGCAAUAUGGGAUACUGCUGGUCAAGAGAGGUUUAGAACAUUAACUCCCAGCUAUUAUAGAGGUGCACAGGGUGUUAUAUUAGUUUAUGAUGUUACAAGAAGAGAUACAUUUGUUAAACUGGAUAAUUGGUUAAAUGAAUUGGAAACAUACUGUACAAGAAAUGACAUAGUAAACAUGCUAGUUGGAAAUAAAAUCGAUAAGGAAAAUCGUGAAGUCGAUAGAAAUGAAGGCCUGAAAUUUGCACGAAAGCAUUCCAUGCUAUUUAUAGAGGCAAGUGCAAAAACCUGUGAUGGUGUACAAUGUGCCUUUGAAGAACUUGUUGAAAAGAUCAUUCAGACCCCUGGACUGUGGGAAAGUGAGAACCAGAAUAAAGGAGUCAAACUGUCACACAGGGAAGAAGGCCAAGGAGGAGGAGCCUGUGGUGGUUAUUGUUCUGUGUUAUAAACUCUGGGAAAUUCCAUCUCUUGCAUAUUUGAUCAGAUAGUGACAUCUUUCUGUAUAUAAACUCUUUAACUGCUAUUUUAGGGACCUUGCAGUUUGCACAUAAUUGUUUUAUAUCAUAGCAGUAAAUAUUUGCAAGAAAUCCCACUCAUCGACCCCGGGUAAAAUGUUAUGGUAAGCAUGCACAGUUUGCAGUCUACAGUUUUUUUAUGUAGCACAAAAUAGGUGUACCUUUAUAAGUACAUUCAAUUUUAUGAUUUACAUUUAUCAUGUAAUUUUUUAAAAAAUCCAUCUAUCUAGGAUAUCUUGAUACAAAGUCUGCUUUUGCUAUUCUUUUUGCUUAAAUACUCCUAUCAUUUUCUGAAUUACUUGGUAUUUAGAACUCCUAGAACCACAGGGAAGAAUAGAGGUAUCAUCAAACGUGGCAAAUUUUCUUUCAGGAAUAAUAAAGAGCAUGAUUCCACAGCUUUUCUAGGAUGUUUGAGAUUCUUUUUUAGUACUAAGCAAAAUUCUCAUCACAGAAUGUAGCCCAGGCCAAUUUAUAACUAAAUCUCUAUUUGUUCGGAUGAUGCUUCUAAAACAGCAUUGAUAGGUUAAAGAAGCUUGGUAUUUUUAAUUUACUUCAAUGAUUAGCUCAGUUGCUUAACUGGAGUUUUAAUCCUGUGAUAUGUACAUUGGAUUCAUGACUCUGUGCAGCAUUUUUAGUUAUGUGGUGUUUGGCAGAAUGACAAUAAGGUUUUCCCCCAUUUUGGUUUCAGGAGGACAUGAAUAGUGUGUUUAUUGUAACUCCUCAUACACUUUUAAAACCAACAUCUUUUUUCAUAAAUGUUGGUAGUGUUUGUCCAGGUACCUUAAUUGUAGCUUGUGUAAUGUUGAUGAAUAUCUGUAUCUUAUGGCUUCCAUAAUGGCUAGUUGAUAUUCAAAAACCUAUUUCUGUGUUUUGAGGGGUGGGGAAAAAAAACACUAAGUGAUAAUUUGAAAAAGGCAUAUUGCUUCCAGAUUCUGAUGUGUGAGGGAAAAUACUGUCACAAUGAAAAUCUUGACAAUUUACUUAACAAGUAACCAAUAGUUCAUCAAAACCAACUUGUACAGACUAAUAAACCUUUUUCACAGUAUUCAGUUUUCUCACCUCUUGCUAUUGUAUAUUGUAGAUUUUUUUCAUUCAUGUGUUAUUUAAUUUACACUGAUCUCUGCUAUUUUAACCCCCCAAAUAAGUUAUUUGUCCUUUAAGGUUGGUUACUAUAAUACCCCUCAGUAAGAUUCCAAUAUUAAUUUCUGGGCAGUUUGUUCUCUGUAUACAAUUGCAAAUGAUAAGCAUUUUUGUGAAUGGCCACCUUGGCAAUAUGUUUGUUAAUUUACUUCAUGUUGGGUUCUUUCUGAAAUGUACAUCUUUACAUAUAAAAACCUCACAUUCUAUUUGAUUUACACUUCCUAGUCUACAUUACAUGUGGUUGAAGGUUUUAUACAUUCUAUAUGCUUUUACUAAAUAUACAAGAUUUACUACUAGAAAUUUGGAGAAAGAACACUAACACAUGUACUUGUGAUUUGUUCAUGUUAUAUUAAAACUUGAGAUUUGUGUAUUUAUGUAGUCUGUAUUGACAAGACUGUUGUUUUUUGCUCCUUGAGCUAUAUAAUAAUCUGUGUAUUGGAUUGUUGUCUUGAUUUGGUCUAAAUUUGAAUAUAUAUGAGUUAUUUGAAUAUAACAAAAAUGAAUUUUGUUUGAUAGAUUUAUAUUGUAAUCUUUUUCUAGUUCUUGAAUAAAUAUAGCCUGCUUUCCCUA